AUGAAAACAGGCAUACCUCAGGGUUCUGGUUUAGGCCCAUUGUUAUUUCUAAUUUACAUCAAUGAUUUACCAAAAUUUUUAAACGCCGGGACAAAACCAGAUAUGUUUGCGGAUGAUACCCAAAUUGCAACAUCAAGUGACGAUAUCAAAGUUAUCACUGAAACAUUAAAUAGAGAUUUAAACAAUGUUGCAAAUUGGCUAUCCGCAAACAAAUUAACUCUAAACAAUAGUAAAAACGAAUAUAUGAUAAUUGGUUCCAAGAAAAGGCUUAGUCAAGUGACUGCCGAUCCUGCUAUCAGUGUAGGUAACUUAGCAAUUAAGAGAAUUGAAAUGACAAAAUCAUUGGGCCUAAUGAUAGACGAGUCUUUAGACUGGACCACGCAGGUCGAACACAUUUCAAAAAGGUCACUUCAGGCCUUGCUAUUCUCAGACGACUCCGGGAUACAGUCAAAUUCAAUACCUUAA